CAAAAAAAACAACUUUUUGUGUAAACCUACUCGUUAAAUUGCCUCUUUUGCAAAACGAAAAUAUAAUUAAACCUAUUAAUUUCAAAAAUGAUGAUUAACAAUACUAUUAACGCUCAAGACAAUAUUGCUCUCUACAAGUACAAGCAACAAUUAGAACAAUUGGAAAAUUGCAAAGGCUUGGGAACAUCUGUUAUUACCUUGUUGGUUAGUUGCAAGACUUCAUUGACUCAAGUUAUUUCUCAAAUGGAUCAACGUUUGACAAAGUCUAACAAUAUCAAGUCGUGUAUUUAACAGGAAUAGUGUUCAAGUGGCUACAAGGACUGUUAUAUCCAGAUUAAAGCUAUUGAAACAGACACCUGCUAAUGGUUUGGCAAUUUUCUGUGGAAUGGUAAAUCCAGAUUCUGCUCCAGGUUUAUUCUCUGAUGAUGAAUCUAGUUUGGUGGUUGAUAACGGUUUAGAAGGCUCUGACAAUAAUGCACAUGUUGAUUUGAAGAAAUUGUGUGUUAUGAUUGAACCACCAAAUCCAAUUGACAGCAAUCUUUACUAUUGUGACGAUUGUUUCCAUGUUGAACAGUUGAGAAGUCAAUUGCAAGAAUUUAAUUCUGGAAAAACUUAUGGUGUAAUUGUUAUUACAGGUACAGGUACUUUGUAUGGUACUUUACGUGGAAAUACCAGUAGUAUUUUACGUGAAUUUUCUCAUGAACUUCCAAAGAAACAUUCUAAGGGAGGUCAAUCUCGUGAAAGAUUUGCUAGAAAUAGAGAAAUUGCCAAGAAUGAAUAUCUCAAGAUUAUUGCAGAGAAGGCAAAUGGUUUAUUCGUUUCUUCAGCUCUCAAUGCUCCAACUGUUGAUGCUAUUAUUCUUGCUGGAUGUGCAGAAUUGAAGAAUGAAUUACUUUCUCUCAAAUCUGAUUGUUUAGACUAUAGAUUGAGAACUAGAAUUUUAACUGUUGUUGAUGUUGCAUAUGGUGGCAGACCUGGAUUUUAUCAAGCUAUUCAACUUGCACAAAAUGAAAUUCAAGAUUCUAGAUUCUUGGAAGAGAGUGAAACCAUUCAAGAGCUAUUGAAUUUACUUUCCAAAGGAUCCAAGGCUGUUGUUGGUUUGGAAGAAACCAUGUUUGCUAUUGCAAGUGGUUGGGCUAGUAAGGUAAUCUUGUGCGAAAAGCAAUCAUCCUUGAAGAGAGUUACACUCUCUGAUGAUUCUGUUCACUAUUUGGAAGAAGACAAGAUUAAAUUCUUAUUGGAAAGAAAUUCUGUCAAGGUUGCUAGAAUUGAAAACCUUAUUGAUUAUUUAGUUGACAAUUACAAGAAAAUUGGUAUUGACAAGUUGUCUCUUGUUACUGAUUGUACUAAUGAGGGAAAUAUGUUUUUGAAGGGCUUCUCAGGUAUUGGUGCUAUUCUAAAGUUUGAUGUAAAUGUUGCCUCUCUUCUCUCUGAGGAGAAGGAUAACUUUGAAGCUUUUGAAGAGGAAGCCUACAAUGAAGACUUGUCCGAAUUCUACUAAAUGGAUUAGAAAGUAUAUUAAGGAUGAAUUACAAAUUAGAUCCUUCAAUUAUUUGAACAACAACAAAAUAAACUACAAUUGUGUG